CAACAAUUGCUCGCUCAUCUACUCUACAGUCAUGGACGACCGCAUUCCGAGCCUACUGACGCUCAUCAUCACCACUUCUCCGACGCCCUCAGCCCCAGAAACCGAACUUCUCACCCAAGUUAUCGCAUCAUAUCGGCGACACUGCCCCUCUCUGUUAAAAUGUCGCGUCAUAGUUGUCCUCGACACGUACGACCACAUCAAACCCCGCGCUCGUCCAAAGAGGGGACAGGUAACCGCGCAGGGCGCCCAAGUAUACGACGUUUACAAGGAAAACGUCAAGGAGCUGUUCUUGGCUGAGUACUUACCGGAUAUUCCGUCUCCGAUACCCGUGACCCAGAGCUUUGUCGAGGCCGAAUUCGGGUUUGACGGCCGGAACAAUCCGCUCGGCAGCGCCGUUUCCGUCACCGUUAGUCGCGCAGGCGAUGAUGGAAGGGUGACAUUUGUGGAGCCGGCCGAUCGAUUAGGCUUUGGGCUUGCUGUCCGCACUGCCCUGCGUCUGACAGAAACCAGCUAUGUGUGGAUUCAUCAACAUGACUGGACUCUCGUCACAGACAUACCUAUUGCCGGAAUGCUGGAUGUCAUGGAAGCAAACAAAGCAUCACCAGCUGGCUUACCGUCGACCCUCUCAUUGUCUUCCUUGUCUCGAUCCUCAACAUCAACCUCUGAAGCUCCAGUCACAGCUCUGGAUACUGCAACGGUUGGCUCUUUGCCAGGGUCCCCUGUUGUAGAAGACACCACUAGUGGUACAGGCGAUGAUUCUUUUAUUACCGACUUAGAAUCGCCCCCUGUCAAAUACAUCUGCUUGCCGUCUUGCAGACUCCUCUCUUACGCCGUCCAGGCGCAUGUCACCUACCACUCGGCUCUUUUACGACUGACACGUCAGCUGAAGCGGACAUUUAUUCCCUCGUCCUCAUCGCUGCCUCCCAUCCCCUUGACCCCGUUAUUCUUUUGGCACGAUAAGCCUCAUAUUGCCGAAGUAUCACACUACCUCGCGCGCGUGUUCCCUACACGUCUAUCCAUGGCCCGAGGUGCCUUCAUCGAGGAUACUGUGGGGCAUCGUGCCCGAGAUCAGAUGAAGCUUGGCAACUGGACCAAGUGGGCUUGCUGGAUGUACUAUCCUGACGAAGGGAAACGGCUCUGCUUACGUCACCUACACGGAAGAACCUGGAGGGGCUCCGUUUUGGAACUGGAAAAAAAGGAGCAUCACAUCACCAUGAACAUCAAGGGAAAGAGAAACCAAAAGAAGCUGGACAAAAAGAAGGAAAAGAAAGAGGCGGACCCUGCCGACGCCGACGCUGACGAUGGCCAUCACCAGGCCACUAAGAACAUUGCGUCAAUUGAGGAGCCCCUCGAAUCUGUCGAGGGUGUUCGUGGGCAGAUUCAUGUCGGUGACGCCAGGGUCUUAAGCUAUGCCCCGACAUCAGAACUGGGUAUGCACGCGGAGUAGUAGUAGCAGCAACAGCAGCAGCAGCGGCAGCACAAUACGGCACUGUUGUAAUGUUCUUGUUUUAAGAUUCUGGAGUUGCCCGGGACGAGCGACUAUGGCUAUUUCUACUACUUCUACUACCACCACCUGGUCCAAAGGUACCGCCACUUAUGUGGCUCAGUCUCCGCGACGACUCUCUGGGCGAUAGUAGACCGCCAGCUCCUGUGUAGUAUGAGAUACGCGUUGGGGAUAACCGACUCAGCAUGUCAUUCUCCUCGAAUGUCUCACUCAUUUCCGUCGUCUCAGUCCUCACAGUGAAGGCACUGCGGGCAGUCAAUGG